UUCGGUUCUCUCUGUCUCUUCUCUGUCUGUAGGCUUCUUCUGUAGAGUCCAAUUUGUUCAUAUCUUAGCGGCUUUUUUCGAUUCUCCGAUUGCUGUUGUUGAAUACGUUUUUGUUUUUGAUCGAGCUUCAAAUCUAGUCCGGUUGUUCAAAAUUGUAAUAAAGUAGUUGUGAAUGGCUGGAAUUUGCUGUGGAAUUGUCGGAGAGAGCGAACCGACGGCAGCAGUGAAGCCGAGCUCACGAGCCUCUAGGCGGCGGAGAAUGGAGAUCCGUCCGUUUAAAUUCGUCGCCGAUGUGGCGGUUCCACCGCCUUUGGAAAACAGUUGUAAGCGGCAGAAGCUAGAUCUCUUUCCUUCAUCUUCGCUGCGAGACUGUGGUAAUGCAGUGGAGAAUUGGGGUACUAACGAACGGAUUAAUCAAGCCGAGCAAAAAGAAAAAGGUUUCAAUUCGAAUGAAACAGUAGAGCUUUCCGCUCAUCCUGAGCCUUUGAAGCGAGAAGUUGAGUCAAGGGUGGAUGAACAGGAUUGUCCUAAGUUUGGCAUGACAUCUGUUUGUGGAAGGAGAAGAGAUAUGGAAGAUGCCGUUUCUAUACAUCCGUCCUUUUUCGAGAGUAACCAUCUGAUUUCAUCUGGAAUUCACUUUUUUGGCGUUUUUGACGGCCAUGGUUGCUCUCAUGUUGCCAUGAAGUGCAGAGAUCGGUUUCACGAGAUAGUGAAAGAAGAGCUGGAAGCUUUCAAAGGCGCGACCGUGGAGUGGAAAGAUCUGAUGAAGCGUAGUUUUGAUAAGAUGGAUAAGGAGGUGCAGGCGUGGACUGAAAAGCCUGAAAGUGCAAAGAGCUCGAAUUGCCGUUGCGAACUUCAAACUCCUCAGUGUGACGCUGUAGGAUCCACCGCCGUGAUUGCAAUCGUGACUCCGGAUAAGAUCAUCGUCUCCAACUGCGGUGAUUCGCGUGCUGUCCUUUGCAGAAACGGCGCCACUUUUCCUCUGUCCUCUGAUCACAAGCCUGAUCGACCCGAUGAACUGCAUCGAAUUGAAGCAGCCGGUGGCCGUGUAAUCUAUUGGGAUAUUCCCCGAGUCCUCGGUAUGUUAGCUAUGUCUAGAGCAAUAGGCGACAAUUAUUUGAAGCCAUAUGUGAUAUCGGAGCCGGAGGUGACGAUAAUGGAUCGAUCCACGGAGGAUGAAUGCUUGGUACUUGCGAGCGACGGUCUUUGGGAUGUGGUAACCAAUGACACCGCGUGUGGAGUGGCGCGAAUGUGCUUGCGCGCGCAGAAACCACCCUCGCCACCAGGAUCGCCAGGGAUUGAGGCUGCGGUCAGAGGUGGCGCUGCCGAGAGCUCGGAUAAGGCCUGUUGGGAUGCCUCCAUUUUGUUGACCAAAUUGGCCCUGGCGAGGCACAGCUCGGAUAACGUUAGUGUUAUCGUAGUUAAUUUGAACAGGAAUCAGCAAUAAUAGUUAACACGGACGCCAUUGUCAAGUUGUUAACACCCGGCCAGAAAGAUUAAAAAAAAAAACCACUGUUAAACAAGAAGAAAAUUUGAAAAUAUUCCAUUCUUUGUUCAAAGGCGUAAGUUCAAGGGCUUUCCCUGUCUACAAGGAAAGCUUAGUGAGAGAAGAAAGAGAGGAAAAAAAAUUUGAGGUUGUGGUUUUGCAAUAUGGAAGUGUAAUAGAUUUUAAAUUGUAAAAUUGAAAAUAUGAAUGGUAAGAUAGAAAAUAUAUUUAGAUACAAAAUUAGGGAUUAUUAUUGAGAAAAAUCUCAUGUAAUGGAGUGUGGUUUUUAUGGAAUAAUUUAAAUUAUAUGUG